CCUCCUGGCCACGAUGGUCUUCCUGGAAAUCCAGGGGAAAGGGGACCUCCUGGAAAACCAGGUUCCUCUCCCCUGCUCUCUCCAGAGGACAUCAAUCUCUUGGUGAAGGAUGUGUGCAGUGACUGUCCCCCUGGUCCUCCAGGACUACCCGGCAUUCCAGGUUUCAAAGGUGAUAAAGGUCUCCGAGGACCACCAGGUAGAGAUGGCCAGGAUGGCAAAAUGGGGAUUGCUGGUCCCAGAGGUCCUGCAGGCCUACCUGGACUGGAUGGUGCAAAGGGUGCUAAAGGAGACCGUGGUACAACUGGGGAUGCGGGAGAAAAAGGAGAGCAGGGCCAUCCUGGAAUGCCAGGCUUCUCAGGACCUCCUGGAAAUCCUGGUCCACCUGGACCAGAUGGGGCACCUGGACCAAUUGGACCAGCAGGAAAUCCAGGAGAUAUAGGUAAAGAUGGCCCUCCAGGUCCACAGGGACCACCAGGAGUGCCUGGACUUCCAGGCAUUGCUGGAAAUGACGGCAAAGAUGGCAAGCCAGGAUCUCUUGGGGAACCGGUAAUGUAAUUUAAAGCUGUUUCACUCAGGCAUUCAGAGCCUGCAUCCAGUUAUUGCUUUUGGAGCUGCCUAUCUAUGGACUCCUUAGGGGUCCAGGGAGUCUGUUUGCAUGUCUUUUUUUAACACUAGAAAGACUAUAUUGUUUUCAACGUUUUAGAGGAUUCACACACUAGCAAUCUUGAGAGGAAACUG